AUGGAAUACAGAGAAAACAAUGACGUCGACGACGCGGUGACGGCGAAGAUCGAGGACGCGAUGCGGGAGUGCGCGGCGGAUAUCGGGUGGUUUGAGAGCGUUUUGGCGGCGGACGCGACGAAGGACGGCGACGGCGACGAUGAGGCGGGAGCCGAGGCGAGCGAGGCGGACGUCGAGCGUUUGGAAACGCCGGGGAAAGACGGCGCGAUGCGAGCGGCGGUAGAUGAAGCGUCGACGUCGGGGACGUCGACGCCUUCGACCCCGGCGGAGGCGCAGGCGAAGAAGCCGAAACGCUCGGAGGACGGCGGCGACGAAGGCGCGGCGGUAAAUCGUUUGCAGGCGAAAUUCGAGGCGACGUCGCCGAAAAAGUCGUCUGCGUCGACUUCGCGCGCGAAGGUUACGACCGGGAUGCAUCCGGACGCGUGUAUUUUCGAUUUACCCGGGAAUGGAUUGUUGAGCCUGGAUGAACUGUCGCGCGGCGGACACGCGUACGGUGAGAUUUCGCCCGAGAGCGGCGGUGCCAUGGCUCUCGAACACGCCGAUAUUCCAUCGGGCGUGUCGAUUCGCGGCGUCGUUAUAAAUGACCGACAUGUCAGCCAUCGCUUGCUCGAAAUCGCGUGCGCCAAGCUUCCGCGCGAAGGACUCAGCGCGGAUGCGAAUUGGCGGUUAUCGAGCGAGAAGAACGCAAAGAAAUCCGCGUCGGCGCCGCAAAAGAGUAAAAUCGCGACGCCAUCGUCGUAUCCGCGAUCACCUCGAGACAUACCGCCCGGAUGCCAGUUGGACAACCCGGCGCUCUUCAAACGUCUCGAUAGCGACGCCUUGUUUUUCACGUUCUAUUACGGCAGAGACAGACUCAAAUUGCUCGCAGCGAACGAGCUCCACGCCUCCUCGUGGCGUUUUCACAAGAUUCUCGGCACGUGGUUCGCGAGACUCGACCGUCCGAAAAUCAUCAACGAAAAAGAAGAGUUCGAAACAGGAUCCGUCAUCUACUUCGACAACAACAUCGUGGUCAAUCCGAGCGACAGCAGUUCGAGCGGGUGGUGCCAACGCAGCAAGAGCGACUUCACCUCGCGAUACGCCGAUUUCCUCUAG